GGAGGUAGGGGUGCGGAGUACGCACAUACCCCAACAAGCCUCUGAGCUUCCAAUAAAAACUUUCGCGCGACGUACGGAAGCUUCGUUCUCUCCAUGCUCUUUUUGUUCUUCUGCUAAAUCUCUCUCUCUCUAGGACUUCAAUUUCUCAGGAACUAUUCCAAGAUGCCUCGCACCUCAUCCAGGAAAGGCUCCACUAAUUCAGCGUCGUCCAACAAUUCAUCGGCGGUGGAUCUAUUUCGCUCAGCUACAGGUAAAGCUGCAAGCAAAGAGUUGGAACGAAUUGAUCAACUAUUUUAUUCGUACGUGAAUAAUUCGUUUGGUAUGAUUGACCCUGAAGGAAUUGAGGCUUUUUGUUCAGAUUUGGAAGUGGAUCAUACUAAUGUACAAAUACUGAUGCUUGCUUGGAAAAUGCAAGCUGAAAAGCAAGGAUACUUUACCAUUGAGGAGUGGCGAAGAGGCCUUAAAGCACUUCGGGCUGAUACAAUAAUCAAAUUAAAGAAGGCACUUCCAGAGCUUGAGAAGGAGGUACUCUUUUUUAACCAGUGGAUCAUGAUAGGUUCUGAUGAUAUGUGUAUUGGAUGCUUUGUGGUGGGGGAAAGAUAAUUUUGGAGUGCUAAUUCUGCCAUCGUAUUUUCCCCCUUUCCUUUUUUUCCCUCUUGUAUUUUUCUUUCUCUCAAAAGGUUAGGAGGCCAUCAAAUUUUCUGGAUUUCUAUUCCUAUGCCUUUCGAUAUUGUCUAACAGGUUUGGCGAUUUCUUGUUUGUUCAUGUCUAAUGUUGGCAAACUUCAAAUUUAUUCCUGUUUGUGCUGCUAGCCAGCUUUUAUUAUUUGUUUUUUCUUUUCUAGAGGAGAAGCAGAAGAGCAUCGACAUAGAGAGCAUCUGCCAGUUGCUGGACCUUGUUUUAGGGUCCCAAUUUCAUUCCCAGGUUGACUUAUUUGUACAGUACAUAAGGACACAGGUUGAUUACAAAGUCAUAAACAUGGAUCAGUGGAUGGGAUUCUAUCGGUUUUGCA